UGUCGGCCGUCGUUGACUCCUCAGAUCCAGUCCGACACAAGUUGCUGUUUUUAGCCCAAAACCCGCAGCUGCUGACCGGGUAGAGUCGGUGUUGGAUGAACGGGAUGGAGGAGUUCCAGAACGGCAGCGAGGGUUCGUUCAACUCUGAAGAGGCUGAAAGUCUCGUCAAAGAGUGCAUUGACGCUGUGGUGGGAGGAGACGACUACAGCCAGACUCAUGUCAACAAGUGGACGGCAUCUGUCGUGGAGCGCACUCUGAGCACACUGGUCAAACAGGGGAAGCCCUACAAGUACAUGGGUAAGGCUUACGCUAAUGCUAACCCAGCUGGUCAAACAGGGGAAGCCCUACAAGUACAUGGUUACAUGUGCUGUGAUGCAGAAAACAGGAGCUGGACUCCACACAGCCAACUCCUGCUACUGGGACACAACCAUGGACGGCAGCUGCACAGUCAGAUGGGAAAACCGAACCAUGUACUGUGUGGUCAGUGUGUUCGCCGUGGCCAUCCCAUAAUAAUACCAGCAGACGCCUACUGUUCUUGUCCUCCAGUGACCAGCAGGGGGAGCUGCAAUUCCACCGGACACACACUGGCCAUGGGACUGAACUAUUUGUGUGCAUUUGUGUUUGGGUUUGGGUUCAGACAGUGACAAAUAACUCCACAUUCUGUUGUCUUUAGGAUUCAUGUUCAAAGAAAGAGCCUUUUAUGACAGCAGUGGUUUAAUGAGCGAUAGUAAACAUGUUCUGUGUACAGCAGUGGUUUAAUGAACGAUAAUAAACAUGAAAACAUUUGU